AUGUUUGAGUUCAAGAAGGGCAACUUAAUCCAAACAUGGAAGACUGAACAAAUGGAUAAGGAAAUAUCCACUAUAGCUAUCUCAGAGAGCAACAAAUAAGAUCAACAGCUUCUGUGCAUCUGGACAUUCUAUUAGAGGUAUUAAUAAGAAAGGGAAAGAGUUCUUUAAGUUUGAUACCAACCAUACAGAGGACAUACAGAAUUUGUACGUAGAUGGUUCGAAUCUUUGGAGUUCAGGCGAUUAUAUACUUAAUUCGUAUAAAGGCACCAAGUCUGGCAUUGAGGACAACUUUUAUUAUCUCUCUGAUGAUAAGAUCUAUGAUAUGUUGGUAGCUAAUGUAUCAGGAAGCCUGGUCUUCAACUCAGUCCUAGCUUGUGAUGACUCAAGUGUCAGAGUUUUGAAUGAGAGUGAUAUAUAUUAUUCCCAGAAUUUUAAUUCUCCAGUUCUUUCGAUCCAUGACAGUACCAAAAUCUCAGGGAGUUCGACUCCGAACAUCGCGUAUGGGCUUAAAAAUGGGUCUUUUGGUAUGAUAGACAUGCAAAGGGACUCACCAUUGAUUUUAUGGGACGUAAACGAAACUCUAACUAGCAGUGCACCAAUCAAUAAAAUAUACUCCGGAAAGCUAAUAGAUGACGGUGAUGACAAUGACAUUAUCAUUGCAAGAGAGGAUGGAUCCCUUGAAAUUUACAGCUUCAAUGAAGGCGAAAAGCCAUACCAAAAAUAUUGACUCAACUUCCAAGAGAGUAUUGUCGGUAUCGGAAUUGGAAACAUCUCAAGAACCGAUUACAAAGAAAUCGUUGUUUCCCUCUUUUCAGGAAAAGUAGCAGGACUAUUAGAUUCAAAUGCCGAAGAUAUUAUUGUAGAUCAGAAAAAUGAGGAAGAGCAGAAAAGUAAAAAGAAACUUAUUGACAAAUACGAACAAAAGAAAGUAAAGGAUACCAACACUUUUACAGGUGCUGGAAUUGUUGGUUUCAAAGCCAGGUAUAAUUUUAUCCUGGUUCCUUCAGAAGCUGCCUAUCAGCUUAUGAUAGAAUCCCAAACCGAAAUGAGCAUCCUAAUGAUACAAUCAAACAUAAAUAUUGACAUACUUGAUGAAGAUGAAAUUCCUGCAGUGGUUUCUUUCUCAGACAAUGAUUCCGGUCAAUUCAUUGCAACUUUUAGAAUGAACGAGCCUACCAAUAAUAUUGUGCUGAAAGUCAGAGCAUCUGAGGGGCUCCAUGGGUCUAUAAACGCAUUCAUAAUCCCUCAUAAGGAGACAUCCAAGAUAUGUAAGAGGCUUGACAUUUCAAUUUUACCACUGGGUCUCCAUGAGAAAAUCUCUAAUCUACCAAACACAGAAGAUUUGGAGUUGAGUAGCAUUACAUUUACAGGAACUUUUACUCAAAAGGAUGUCCUGAGCUGGAUCUCUGGUAGCUUACCAAAUGUACCAAAAGUAUAUGAUCAAGAGCAAUUUGUGCUGUAUUAUAAAUCAACUUUUGUGGGCACUUACCUCAAGAUUGCAAUUAUGAGAGAAAAAUGUGUAAUUUCUUCUAACAAUCUCUCGGCACUCACUAUUUUGAGGAAGAGCAUUGCCAGCGAAGCCAACAGUAAGGGAAAGCAAUACGAAAUCAGCUCUGAAAUAGCUGAUGAGAGCGUGGAAACAAAUCUCUCUUUGAUCCAUCCUAAGCUUGAGGAGCAGUAUAAGUUGGCGAGGAAUGUCCAACUCAUUGAUGGGCUAAAAGAGCUCCAAAUGCAAGAAGAAGAUUUGAAUUUCUUAUCUGACGAGUACAAAGAAAUCCUUGGAAAUGCUGAAAAGAUUAAGAAAAGCUUUGAGUCUCAGCCAAGAAAGCUUCACUUUCUUUGGGGAAUCAUUGCUGAUCUUUACAAUGACAUUGCUAUUAUAAAAGGAAUUCAUGAUGUUUCAGGUCAAAUCCCAAAAUUGAAACAAAUUCUGAAUAACUACGACUUUGAUGAACUUGUGCAGUUCUUUAAACUGCUAUUUAGAUAA